CGUCUCGCGAGACUUGGCCAACAGCACGGACUUACUCGCUAACAAGCCAAAGCUAACGAGGAACAUGUAUCGUACACAAACACAAAGUGAUUGAAGGAGUAACCGGGAGAAUUGGGCAAAUGGAGUGUAGAAACAUCAAGGACCAAUGUCCAUUGGUCCAAGCUAUUUUCAACCGAAAUGCUGAAGAAGUGACCUUUUUGUUGAGCCAUAGAGAAGAUGUCAAUUCAUUGGACCUCGAACAAAGCACACCUCUUCAUGCUGCUGCCUUUUUGGGCGACGUCCACAUUAUGGAAGUUCUCAUUACCGCGGGUGCCAAUGUUAAUGCGAAGGACCAGGGGUUGUUGACUCCUUUACAUAGAGCAGCUGCCUCCAGAAAUGAAAGGGCUGUGGAGCUGCUCCUAAAGCACAGUGCAGAGGUCAACACACGGGACAAAUUCUGGCAUACGCCGUUACACAUGGCGGCGGCAAACUGGGCUGUAGGCUGUGCUGAAUCUCUAAUACCUGAUGUGUGCAGCCUGGAUGUUUAUGACCGAUCAGGAAGAACACCUUUGCAUCACGCCGCAUACAGUGGACACAGAGAGAUGGUGAACUUGCUUCUCAGCAAAGGUGCCAACGUCAGCACCAAAGAUAAAAAAGAAAGGCAGCCGAUUCACUGGGCUGCAUAUCUUGGACAUUUGGACGUUGUGAAGAUGCUGGUGUCUCACAGUGCGGACGUGACGUGCAAAGACAAACGCGGCUACACUGCGCUCCAUGCUGCCGCCAUCAGUGGACAUGUAGACGUGGUCAAAUAUCUGCUGAGACUGGGAGUGGAGGUGGACGAAGCCAACACGUACGGCAACACGGCGCUCCACAUGGCCUGUCACACAGGCCAGGACGCCGUGGCCACCGAGCUGGUCAACUGCGGCGCCAACAUCAACCAGCCCAACCAGCAGAGCAGCACGCCGCUCCACCUGGCCGCCGCCUCCUCCAGCGGGGUGCCGUGUGUCGAGCUGCUCAUCAACAACGGCGCCGACGUCAACAUGCAGAACAAAGAAGGCAAGUGCCCUCUGCACAUGGCUGCCAUGCAUGGCCGCUUCACAGGCUCCCAGAUUCUUAUACAAAAUGGUAGUGAAAUCGAUUGUGUUGACAUAUACGGGAACACUCCUCUCCAUGUGGCCACCAGGUACGGUCAGGAGUUGUUGAUCAGCACUCUGCUCACCAACGGUGCUGACAAAGCCAGACAGGGGGUACACGGGAUGCUUCCGUUACACUUGGCAGCACUCUACGGCUUUCCAGACUGCUGUCGCAAAUUGCUUUCAAAUGGCCAGUAUUACAACAUCAUGCAGUCGCCGACCAGCUGCCAGACGCCGUCUUUUGGAUUCGAUAUAAAUACACAGGACGAACUUGGGAUGACUUGUUUGCAUGCCGUUGCCUCUGGAGGUAAUGUCGACUGUCUCAACCUGCUGAUAAGUAGUGGCGCUGACCUGGAUAUAAAGGAUCAUUUGGGAAGGUCUCCUUUGCACUAUGCUGCCGCCAACGGGAAAAGCCAGUGUACAAUCACACUGGUAAGAAGCGGCUCAGAGGUCAACGAGUUGGACCUAAUGGGCUGCAGCCCUCUACACUACGCCGCUGCAGCACACACUUUCUUUGGAGGGGAGCCAAGCACUGACUGUAAUGCGGAAAAGGAAAAGGAAGCCUCGCUGUGUUUGGACUAUCUGCUGGACAGUGGUGGAAACCCGACAGUAAAGAACACGAAAGGUUAUAGUGCUGUGCACUAUGCAGCAGCUUAUGGUAAUAAGCAGCACCUGGAACUGCUCCUGGAGAUUUCUUUCAACUGUUUAGAAGAGGCUGAGAGUAAUAUUCCAGUUAGUCCACUGCACUUAGCUGCGUAUUAUGGUCACUGUGAGGCCCUGCGCCUGCUGUGUGAGACCUUGGUGAGUUUGGACGUACGAGACAUCGAAGGCCAAACUGCCCUCCACCUGGCCGCUCUGAGAGGCUUCACCUCGUGUGUGGAGGUGCUGCUGGACCAUCAGGCUUCCUGCUCACUGAAGGAGCACAAACACAAGCGGACAGCCCUCCAUGCUGCAGCCUCUGAGGGCCACAUGGAGUGUCUGCUGUUGCUGGUCAACAGAGAACAAAGUGCUGACAUCAUAGACAGCCCAGACACACAAGGACAGACAGCGCUCAUGCUGGCAGCUCUGGGUUGUCACACUGAUUGUGUGCACAUCCUGUUGGAAAAAGGAGCCAAACCGGACGUUGCCGACAAAAAAGGCUUCACUGCAUUACAUCGAGCUGCCAUGUUGGGCAGUGAGGACUGCACAUCAGCUUUGUUGGAGCAUGGCGCCUCUGCUCUGUGUCGAGACUCUCUGGGAAGGACGCCGCUGCACCUGGCUGCAUCCCGUGGCCACACACAGCUAUUGCGCACUUUGCUGCAGGCUGCAGUCAAAGCAGACCCUCUGGACUCCAUGUUGGAUUACAGAGGCUACACGCCCACCCACUGGGCCGCCUACCGCGGUAAUGAAGGAUGUUUACACAUUUUACUUGAAAACAAGCUUUUUAGCAACCAGGAAGGAAAUUCCUUCAACCCACUGCACUGUGCUUUGAUUAAAGGACACAACGUUGCUGCUGGACUUCUCAUAAAGACAGUUGGCCCUCAAAUAGUUAAAGUUAGUGAUGUCAAAGGAAGGACCCCGUUGCAUGCGGCUGCCUACUCAGGAAGUGUUGCAGGGCUGCAACUUCUCCUGGCCCAGGGGGCAGAGGUCAACGCUGUGGACCAGGGAGGAUGCUCCGCUCUAAUGAUCGCAGCUGACUGCGGACAUACCAUGGCUGUCGAAUACUUGCUGCACAAGGCCAAGCCAGACCUGACCCUGGUGGACGUCAAUAAUAACACAGUCCUUCAUUUAGCCUGCACUAAGGGUCAGGAGAUGUGUGCCUUGUUGCUUCUUGGAGAAAUCAAUGACCCCUCCCUCAUAAAUGCAACAAAUAGUGCGCUUCAAAUGCCCCUUCACAUCGCGGCCAGGAAAGGUCUGGCUACUGUUGUGCAGGUGUUACUCAGCCGGGGUGCAGCUGUCAUGGCUGUGGAUGGUGAAGGUCACACCCCGGCGCUAGCCUGUGCCCCCAACAAGAGAGUGGCAGACUGCUUAUCCUUGAUCCUUUCCACCAUGAAGCCUUUCCCUCUGCGAGACGCCACUGCUUCCUGCUUCAACCCCACUCUGAAGAACUGUGGCAUCGCUGCCAACUCCAAUGGAAGCCUGUGUCACGCCUACGCCAAGGGCCGCACCAGCACCAUAGGUCUGCACGGCUGUCUCACUGACUGAGAGGAAGAGUAUAGCAAUUCUUAUCCAGCCGCAUCGUCCAUUCUUCGCUCCGUCAACUUUAUUUACUGCUUAUCUAAAGUCUUAUUACACCUCUUAGCACCUUUGUUUCAGUUGAAUGAACGAGGGGGUAUACUUCCUGUUCAUGCGGAAAGUCUUCACAGCGCUUCACUUUUUCCACAUUUUACGUCAGCCUUGUCUCAAAAUGGAAUACAUUCAUGUUUGUCCUCAAAAUUCUACACACAAUACCCCAUAAUAACAAUGUGAAAAUGUUUUUCUUAAAAAACAUUUCUGCAAAUUUAUUAAACUAAAAAAAUACAUGUUCAUAAGUAUUCAGAGCAUAUGCUCAAUACUUUGACCAUGCACCUUUGGCAGCAAUUCCAGUCUUUUUGAACAAUGCCACAAUCUUGGCACACCCAUCUUUGGACACUUUCAACCAUUCCUCUUUGCAGCACCUCUCAAGCUCCAUCAGGUUGUGGAAGUGUUGGUUUUCAUCCAGGAUGUCUCUGUACAUUGCUACAUUCAUCUUAGUCUAGUCAGGGAGGUGACCAAGACCAUGGUCACUCUGUCAGAGCUACAGCAUUCCUCUGUGGAGAGAGGAGAACCUUCCAGAAGGGCAAUCCACCAAUCAGGCCUGUAUGGUAGAGUGGCCAGACGGAAGCCAUUUCUUAGUCAAAAGUUUGCCAAAAUGCACCUGAAAGACUCUCAGACCAUGAGAAACUAAAUUAUCUGGUCUGAUGAGACAAAGAUAGAGGUCUUUGGCGUGAAUGUUUGGAGGAAACCAGGCCAAUACCACCCCUACAGUGAAGCAUGGUAGUGGCAGCAUCAUGCUGUGGGGAUGGUUUUUAAUCAGGAACUGGGAGACAAGUCAGGAUAGAGGGAAAGAUGAAUGCAGCAAUGUACAGAGACGUCUUAGAUGAAAAGACACGCUCCCCAUCCAACCGGAUGGAGCUUGAGAGGUGCUGCAAAGAGGAAUGAGAGAAAGUGCUCAAAGAUAGGUGUGCCAAGCUUGUGGCAUCGUAUUCAAAAGGACUUGAGGCUUUAAUGGCUGCUAAAGGUGCAUCAACUAGAAGCUCCGUUUCCAUAUGAGUUGGGAAAUUGUGUUAGAUGUAAAUAUAAACGGAAUACAAUGAUUUGCAAAUCCUUUUCAACCCAUAUUCAAUUGAAUGCACUACUAAGACAAGAUAUUUGAUGUUCAAACUCAUAAACUUUUUUUUUUUGCAAAUAAUAAUUAACUUAGAAUUUCAUGGCUGCAACAUGUGCCAAAGUAGUUGGGAAAGGGCAUGUUCACCACUGUGUUACAUGGCCUUUCCUUUUAACAACACUCAGUAAACGUUUGGGAACUGAGGAGACACAUUUUUUAAGCUUCUCAGGUGGAAUUCUUUCCCAUUCUUGCUUGAUGUACAGCUUAAGUUGUUCAACAGUCCGGGGGUUUCCGUUGUGGUAUUUUAGGCUUCAUAAUGCGCCACACAUUUUCAAUGGGAGACAGGUCUGGACUACAGGCAGGCCAGUCUAGUACCCGCACUCUUUUACUAUGAAGCCACGUUGAUGUAGCACGUGGCUUGGCAUUGUCUUGCUGAAAUAAGCAGGGGUGUCCAUGGUAACGUUGCUUGGAUUGCAACAUAUGUUGCUCCAAAACCUGUAUGUACCUUUCAGCAUUAAUGGCGCCUUCACAGAUGUGUAAGUUACCCAUGUCUUGGGCACUAAUACACCCCCAUACCAUCACAGAUGCUGGCUUUUCAACUUUGCGCCUAUAACAAUCCGGAUGGUUCUUUUCCUCUUUGGUCCGGAGGACUCGACGUCCACAGUUUCCAAAAACAAUUUGAAAUGUGGACUCGUCAGACCACAGAACACUUUUCCACUUUGUAUCAGUCCAUCUUAGAUGAGCUCAGGCCCAGCGAAGCCGACGGCGUUUCUGGGUGUUGUUGAUAAACGGUUUUCGCCUUGCAUAGGAGAGUUUUAACUUGCACUUACAGAUGUAGCGACCAACUGUAGUUACUGACAGUGGGUUUCUGAAGUGUUCCUGAGCCUAUGUGGUGAUAUCCUUUACACGCUGAUGUCGCUUGUUGAUGCAGUACAGCCUGAGGGAUCGAAGGUCACGGGCUUAGCUGCUUAUGUGCAAUGAUUUCUCCAGAUUCUCUGAACCCUUUGAUGAUAUUACGGACCAUCCAUCCAUCCAUCUUCUUCCGCUUAUCCGAGGUCGGGUCGCGGGGGCAGCAGCCUAAGCAGGGAAGCCCAGACUUCCCUCUCCCCAGCCACUUCGUCCAGCUCCUCCCGGGGGAUCCUGAGGUGUUCCCAGGCCAGCCGGGAGACAUAGUCUUCCCAACGUGUCCUGGGUCUUCCCCGUGGCCUCCUACCGGUCGGACGUGCCCUAAACACCUCCCGAGGGAGGCGAUCGGGUGGCAUCCUGACCAGAUGCCCGAACCACCUCAUCUGGCUCCUCUCGAUAUUACGGACCGUAGAUGGUGAAAUCCCUAAAUUCCUUGCAAUAGCUGGUUGAGAAAGGUUUUUCUUAAACUGUUCAACAAUUUGCUCACGCAUUUGUUGACAAAGUGGUGACCCUCGCCCCAUCCUUGUUUGUGAGUGACUGAGCAUUUCAUGGAAUCUACUUUUAUACCCAAUCAUGGCACCAACCUGUUCCCAAUUUGCCUGUUCACCUGUGGGAUGUUCCAAAUAAGUGUGUGAUGAGCAUUCCUCAACUUUAUCAGUAUUUAUUGCCAUCUUUCCCAACUUCUUUGUCACGUGUUGCUGGCAUCAAAUUCUAAAGUUAAUGAUUAUUUGCAAAAAAAAAAAUGUUUAUCAGUUUGUACGUCAAAUAUGUUGUCUUUGUAGCAUAUUCAACUGAAUAUGGGUUGAAAAUGAUUGGCAAAUCAUUGUAUUCCGUUUAUAUUUACAUCUAGCACAAUUUCCCAACUCAUAUGGAAACGGAGUAUUGACAACCUCUGUAAUUAUUGAACAGAGGUUGUCAAUACUUAUGUACAUGACAUUUUUAUUUUUAGUAAAUUUGCUAAAUUAAACGAAAACACUUUACACAUUGUCAUUAUGGGGUAUUGUGUGUAGAAUUUUGAGGACAAAAUUAAUUUAUGCCAUUUUUUGGAUGAGGCAAAAGUGAAGCGCUGUUAAUACUUUGUACGUGUGAAGACCCCACACAAGCCCGUGCUUUUGAGUCAUGAUUGUAAAUCAUUUCUAUAGCUCUUCAUGUCGCCUGCACCCCCAAUACUGUCCUCUGCUGCUAUUAGCCAACUUGUGUGCAUGUGUGUCUCUGCUGGAGAGUAUUAUGUUUCUUAAUCUACUUUUUAGUGCUUUUAUAACCGUUAUGCAAUUAAGAUACCCUUUGCAGGGUGUAGCAAGCACUAAACUAAAACAUGCUUAUUGCCGUCAUGUCAGGAUCCCCAUGGCUGUAUUUUAUUUAGCAUGUUUAUUCUAAAUGAAGGAAUGACGAGCACAUUUUGAGGAUGGCAUGAUGAGUUGAUAUUAUUACAGUAAAUAAGCCAGAGAACAGAACAAAGGUCAUGUAGAAAAUAUAGAAAUCUAUUUAUGUUCAAUUGUACAUGUCAAGAUGAACUGUUGUUAUGCACAAGGACCUUGGAUGCCUGUUUUCCUCUUUGCCACAUCUUCAAAUCAUGUUAGCGUGUGUAGUUUUUAAUUAUAAACCCAGACAAAGCAGCUUUUCCCAAAGUCAAAGCAAUAUUGAAUAUUGUGUUGAACUAGAAAAUGAUGUUGAUUAUGCUCUCUUCCAUGUUCAAGUAUGCAUUUUAUGUUUAACAUACUGUAUUUGUAGUUGGCCUUUAAACAAGUUCACCACCAGAGAUUGAACAUUUCAAAGCUAAAGUGAAUAUAAUUGACUUACAUUCAGUUUUCAGGUAAAUGAGCGCAGAGUAUGUAAAGAAGCAUUUGGUAUGAGUUGUGCCAACUGUAUUAUUUUAUGGUUUGAAGGUCGUAAGCUGACCUAUUAUGUGACCGCUGCACUUUCAAACAUUAAUGUCUUUAAAAUGGUUUUAGCCUAAUUGCACUCCUUAACAUACUCGUUUACAGUACCCUGCAACCAUUCAGUUGUAGAAAUCCCUUCUACAUAUUACUGAUAUCAUCUUGUUUUGAGCAAUCUCCAACGUGUCUUAUUUGGGCAACAAAAAUAAUAAUUGGAAUAUAUCAAUAAGUGUGAACAAGUGUGUCUUCCAUACAGCUCUUUAACAUUUCAGGGUAACAACUUGAAUAAUGUGGGAAUUAACUUGAGAAAAAUUAAAAGCACUACUUUG